AUGCAGCGUUUCUUCCUGCUUAACGCACUUGCCUCCAUGGUGGCUCUGGCAGUCGCAUACCCCAUGUCAGGAGAGAUUAUGGGACCUUCCGUAGCCAAGCGCGAGGAUGUGGCCCCCGAAGACGAGGCUGCUGGGGUCUAUUUCCCUAUUAGCUACGACGACGACGACAAGAAACGCGGCAAGUAUUAUUGA